CUGUAAAUCCAAGCCCUUAAAACCUAAACAUAAUCUUCCGGACAUUUGUUUUGGAAAAUGGCGUCAUCACUCGCUCCCAAGCCUUUCUUUUCCUCCUCGCUCUAUUCUGAUCCUUCCUGCAACAAAGGUUCUUUGCUAGAGAAUUUCCCAAGAAGUUUUCAGGUUAAGAAGGAAUUAAAUUUAGAGGGAAGGUGGGUGUUGUCUGCAAAGCAAUUCAGAUUGCAUUGUUCAGGGCACAAGGACAUGGAUGUGAGUGCUUCAGUUUUAGCUGAUUCUGUAACUGAGUGCUCAACUGAACUGGAUGUUGAGGAGCAGGCGCCUAGCAUUUCAACAUUAUUGGUGAAUAUUGAUAGUAAGUUUGAUCCAUAUGGUGCAAUGAGCACACCACUUUACCAAACAGCUACAUUUAAGCAGCCUUCGGCAACUGAAAAUGGCCCAUUUGAUUAUACUAGAAGUGGAAAUCCUACGCGGGAUGUUUUAGAAAGGCUCUUGGCAAAGCUUGAGAAGGCUGAUCAAGCAUUUUGCUUUACCAGUGGAAUGGCUGCUUUGUCUGCUGUUACUCAUCUUGUUGGAACUGGCCAAGAAAUUGUUGCCGGAGAUGACAUCUAUGGUGGCUCUGAUCGUUUAUUAUCUCAAAUAACUCCAAAAUCUGGAGUUGUGGUUAAACGAGUAGACACCAGUGAUCUAGCCAAAGUUGAAGCAGUUGUUGGCCCCAAGACAAAGCUCGUGUGGCUGGAGAGUCCAACCAACCCUCGACAACAAAUUGCUGAUAUUCGUAGAAUUGCCGAAAUGGCUCAUGCUUUUGGAGCUCUUUUGUUGGUAGACAACAGCAUUAUGUCUCCGGUACUAUCGCAACCAUUGGAACUUGGAGCAGACAUUGUGAUGCACUCUGCUACUAAAUUUAUAGCUGGACAUAGUGACGUUAUGGCAGGUGUGCUUGCUGCUAAAGGAGAGAGCUUGGCAAAGGAGUUAUAUUUCCUACAAAAUGCAGUUGGCUCUGGUUUAGCUCCUUUUGAUUGUUGGAUCUGUUUAAGAGGAAUCAGGACCAUGGCCUUGCGUGUUGAAAAACAACAGGAAAAUGCACUGAAGAUUGCUGAGUUCCUUUCUUCCCAUCCACUAGUGAAGAAGGUUAACUAUGCUGGUCUUCCUGGUCAUCCUGGACGUGAUUUACAUUAUUCUCAGGCAAAGGGUGCUGGAUCUGUGCUUAGUUUCUUGACAGGCUCUCUGGCACUCUCGAAGCAUGUUGUUGAGACUACCAAAUACUUCAGCAUAACAGUUAGCUUCGGGAGCGUGAAAUCCCUCAUAAGCAUGCCCUGCUUCAUGUCCCACGCAAGCAUACCAAGUGCAGUUCGUGAGGGUAGAGGUCUAACUGAAGAUCUUGUUCGUAUCUCCGUUGGAAUUGAGGAUGUAAAUGACCUCAUUGCUGAUUUGGAAAAUGCCCUCAUAACUGGCCCUUCGUAGGCCAUCAAUAUUUAUUGGAUGUUGCUUGGUGACUUGCAUUUAGUUGUUAGCAUGUUGUUAGUUUGCCAAUAAUGCAUGUUGGUUUCUCUGUGUAUUUGAAUUAGGGGGCAGCUCAAAAUUCUUCGUUUUCUUUCAUUUGAGAUGGUUUUUUUUUUUUUUUUAAAGCGUUUUAAGUGGCCAAGGCCAAGAGCGUUACUUUCACUAUGGUACC